AUGAAAUAUUUUCACAUUCCACAAACUAUAAAAUACUGCCGAGGUUAUUUUGACGAGUGGGACCCCAAGAUAACUACGUUACCAGGAUUGUACUACAUAUCGGUGGGAGUGUUGAUGCCAUUGUCCGCCCUCACUGGGGUGGAUCUCUGCUGUGUCUACGGCUUGCGAGCCAUCAAUCUGAUAGUGUCAGCUGUCAACUUUUACCUCAUUUAUAACAUUUCAAAGCGUCUUCAUCCAAAUGUUAUGGAUGAUUGGAAACAUCUAAUGACGGCAGCGAAUCUGGCGAUGUUGCCGCCUCCUGUACAUUCUUUACGUUCCUCUACUACACAGAUAUCGUGUCGACGUGUCUGGUCCUGCUAUGCUACCUGCUCCACCUCCAGCAUCGCCCUUGGCUGGCUGCCACAGCAG